UGUGCUAGGCUGUACCUGUACCUAUGCCUACUGGAGGAACUCUUGUGUUUGCGGUCAACAGUCUUUUCUAUCUUAACCAGGGUAUACCCUGCUAUGGAGUAUCCUUGAAUGCUACUGGAGACAAGGGGAUCACAACAGAUAUACAUAUUCGUCCUCUAGAAGGAGUUAAACUAAGCCUAGACUGUGCUGUAGCAGAGUUCUUAUCUACAGAUCAACUUGUUAUAUCGUUGAAAGGCGGAGAACUGUACGUGUUGACCCUACUGGUAGAUGCUAUGAGAGCUGUAAAAGGAUUUCACCUGGACAAGGCUGCAGCUAGUGUACUCACCACUUGUCUUUCUCUCACGGGCAAAGGUUACUUGUUCCUGGGCAGUAGGCUUGGAAACUCUCUUCUACUCAAAUAUACAAGCAGAGAUGCAGGCCAGAUCGGAGGUCGGAGGGAAAAGGAACCUCCAAACAAGAAGAAAAGACUGGAUACUACUGGAGACUGGUUAGAUGCUGAGAAUGAGGAACUAGAAGUCUACGGGUCUACUCCAGAAACUGUUCACCACAAAAUAUCUGCAUUUACUUUUGAGGUGUGUGACAGUCUGCUGAAUAUUGGACCCUGUGGAUAUGUUAGUAUGGGGGAACCCGCCUUCCUUUCAGAGGAGUUUAGCACAAAUAGUCCUGAUCCUGAUAUUGAGUUGGUUACGACAGCAGGGAUCGGAAAAAACGGAGCUCUCUGCGUCCUACAGAGAUCAAUUCGUCCUCAGGUUGUGACUACAUUUGAACUUCCUGGAUGUGUAGAUAUGUGGACAGUAUUCGGACCUAACGCUGCUCAGGGUGGUGCAGCAGAACAUUCGUACCUAAUCUUAUCAAGGAAAGAUUCCUCGAUGGUUCUACAAACAGGACAGGAGAUUAAUGAGCUGGAUACAUCUGGAUUUAGAACCACAGAGCCUACUGUAUUUGCUGGAAAUAUCGGAGGAAACGGAUAUAUUCUCCAGGUUGUACCUAAUGCUGUUCUUCUGCUCAAAGACUGCGAUCUUGUUCAGACCCUAGACAUAGAUCUGGGUGGACCUAUACGCUCUGUAAGCUGUGCUGACCCGCAUCUCUCUCUGGUAUCGGAGUCCGGUCAAGCUGCAGUACUCACUCUCAAGGAGGGAACUCUUAGUAUUGUCAAAACUAAAAUAGGUGAGCUGCCAGGUAGAAUGAAGAGUCCCCUGGUGGCGGUCAGCUUAUACCGGGAUAAAUCUGGAUUACUAACUACAGAAACUAAACUUAGCAACAAGGAGAAGCAAACCAGGAAUACGGAAAAUAAAAAACAACCAAAGGAUCUAGAUGAGGAGGAUGAGCUAUUGUAUGGUAGUGGCGAAGCUCAGGUUGGGAUGUUCAGUGAGGGAGGAAUAGAUGAUAAUGAUGAGAACCAGGAUAACGAUGAAGGUUGGAGAAAGCACCUUGAGCCUGUUAAGAUAACCUACUGGUGUGUCGGGGUUAGACAAAAUGGAAACUUUGAGCUUUACAGUGUUCCAGACUUCACUCUCAGAUUUGUCUCGUUAAACUUCCCUCACACUCCCAAUGUACUCGUGGACAAUAUGAGCACACGCGCUUCAACUCAAUCAGACGCUACGCGCGGCUUGGAGAAUCUACCAGAGGUCACAGAGAUCCGUCUGGUCGGUCUCGGGAUUCGAGGACGGAGGCCGUUAUUAUUAGCGAGGUUAAGGGAUCAGGAGGUUGUAAUUUACGAGUUGUAUGAGUACCAGAGUCCCAGUCUUUCACCAGAUCAGCUUAAAAUCAGAUUCAGGAAAUUGUCCCAUGGAUUAGUGCUGCGCGACCGGAAGUCAAGGAAAGGCCGUGAGGAAAAACAGCUGAUGCACCGGCACUCACUUCGCUACUUCAGGGAUAUUGCCGGAUAUGAGGGAGUCUUUAUAUCAGGUCCGUACCCACACUGGUUGUUCCUGACUAGUCGAGGAGAGCUCCGACUCCAUCCAAUGUCUAUAGAUGGAUCCAUCUCUACCUUUGCUCCCUUCCACAACGUGAACUGUCCCCAGGGGUUCCUCUACUUCAACAGGAUCUCGGAGCUGAGAAUCUGUGUUCUACCUGGUCAUCUCUCAUAUGAUGCACCUUGGCCGGUCAGGAAGGUCCCUCUAAGAUGUUCCCCUCACCAGGUGGCGUUUCAUAUAGAGUCCAAAACUUUCGCCGUGAUCACGAGUGUGGCGGAGCCGAGUAAUAAGGUCUGGAAGUUUAACGGGGAUGACAAGGAGCUCAAUAUUGAAGAUAGAAGUGAUAGGUUUCUUUAUCCUCUGCUAGAGAAGUUUUCUCUACAGCUGUUCUCUCCAGUAUCCUGGGAAUCUAUUCCAGGAACUAAGCUGCAGCUGGAGGACUGGGAGUAUGUGACCUGCAUGAAGCAUCUCUACCUAAGCAGCGAGGGAAUGCACAGCGGUCAACGUGGUUUCCUUGUCCUAGGGACAAACUUCAACUACGGAGAGGACAUUACGAGCAGAGGACAUAUUAAGAUCUACGAUGUUAUCGAAGUAGUUCCUGAACCUGGUCAACCCCUCACCAAACAUAAGAUCAAGACAGUUUACGACAAGGAACAGAAGGGACCUGUCACUGCAAUAUCUGCUGUAUCAGGUUUUCUAGUGAGUACUGUGGGGCAGAAGAUCUAUAUUUGGCAGUUUAAGGAUAAGGAACUGCACGGAAUUGCUUUCAUUGAUUCCAAUGUUUACAUUCAUCAAAUCCAUGCUCUCAAGAACUUCCUGCUGGUUGGAGAUGUUUACAAAUCUAUUAACGUACUGCAGUACCAACAGGAUUACAGGACUGUGUCAGUUAUAUCCCGGGACACAUCUCCCCUGGAAGUUUACGCGGCCGAGUUUAUCAUAGACAACGGACACCUCGGCUUCCUGGCAACAGACUCAGAGCGUAAUCUCAGUAUGUUUGUGUAUUCUCCUGAAUCUAAGGAAUCUCUGGGUGGAUUACGACUCAUCAGGAAGGCAGAUAUUCAUCUAGGUCAGCAUGUAAACUGUAUGUGGCGUGUGCGCGCCAAGUUGACCGAUCCUUCCACCAGUCAGCGCGUCCUCGCUAUGAAUGAGAAGAAGCAUGUCACGUGGUACGCCACGCUGGACGGAGCUCUGGGAUAUAUCCUACCUAUAAGUGAGAAGGUGUACAGACGUCUUCUUAUGCUGAAUAAUGUUUUGAGCACAAACCUACCUCAGACUGCAGGACUUAAUCCAAAAGCGUUCCGAACAAUUCGAACCAACAAGAAGGAUCUAAGAAAUCCCUGCCGCGGGAUCGUUGAUGGCGAUCUUGUCUUUCGGUUCUCCGAUCUUCCGGCCUCGGAGAAGGCGGAGUUUGCUCGAAAGAUCGGCACAACCUCGGCAGAAAUCAUGGACGAUUUGGCCGAGCUGGAUCGGAAUGCAGCUCAUUAUUAGUCACCUUAUU